AUGGCGUCAACAUUCACAAUCCCCUUCGACGACCCCUUAAACACAAAAUCCGCACAACCCAACGCCGAUAUAACAGUCACCUGCCCACCCACAUCAUCAGAUAACAACAGCAUAUCAAGAGACCAACUCCUCUCCUUCCCAGCGUUCAAAACCUGGCUCUCAACCUUACGCAAAUCCCUUGCUGAACAAACCUCACCGACCCAUGAGUUUCACAAGGCGCCCUACAAACUACGCAAAAUCGAUAUUCAGGCCGUUGAUUAUUUCGGCCGUGGGCGGUUGGGAUUCAUCAAAAUGAAGGCUGAUGUUUCUAAUGAUUCGGGCGAGAGAUUACCGGGGAGUAUAUUGCUUCGAGGCGGGAGUGUUGCUAUGCUUCUGAUCCUGCAAUCGGACGAUGUACCAUCAACAUCCGAAAAGGACAAAUAUGUCAUCAUGACAGUCCAACCACGCAUUCCUGCCGGCACACUCAAAUUCGCCGAGAUUCCGGCGGGCAUGCUCGAUAACAGCGGCACAUUUGCUGGAGGAGCAGCAAACGAGAUCCACGAAGAGACCGGCCUGUCGAUUCCGCAGGAUGAGCUCGUCGAUAUGACGGCUCUUGCUUCUGCGUCUUUGCGUCACAGCCCUUCUGCGGAGGAGGGGGACGAGGAUAAGGAAAUACUGCAAAAAGCGGUUUAUCCAUCUCCAGGCGGAAGCGAUGAGUUCAUUCCUGUCUUCUUGUGUCAAAGGAGGAUGCCGCGCAAGGAGAUUGAGGCGAUGCAGGGUCGGUUGACAGGCAACAGGAAUGAGCAAGAGAAGAUCACGUUAAAGAUUGUAAGGUUGGAGGAUUUGUGGAAGGAAGGGUUGAGGGAUGGGAAGACGCUUGCUGCUUGGGCUUUGUAUGAGGGGUUGCGGAAGGAAGGGAGGAUUUGA